AUGCCUGAAUAUCUUGCCCAUGCACCUCUUCUUCUAACCCUCCUGAUGGGGAAUAAUAACAAUAACGAACAAGCAAAAGCACAAGCACAGAACCCCCCCACCGCUGGCACUGUGGUUGCCAAUAAUCAACUUGCUGAGGUUGAUUUGCUUGAUGAUUCAAUUGAGGCCAGCCACAAUAAUAAUGAUAAGAAAGUUGCUAUACCCGGCACAGUUGGUAUCCAUGAACAAGUUGUAGAGGCAAGUUAUCUGCACGAUGAUAACAAUUAUAAGAACGUUGCUAUACCCGGCACAGUUGGUGUCCAUGAACGAGUUGUAGAGGCAAGUUAUCUGCACGAUGAAGCCACUGAGGUAGGCGUUCUUCGUCUACACAGUGAGGGCAAACACCCUCAAGGCCUGACGCAGGCGCAACGCGAAACUUUCGACAGCAAGGGGUAUCUCGUCCUCCCAGAUGUUCUGACAGUUGAUCAAGCCACGGCACUGCUCAAUGAAUCUCGCGAUAUCAUGAAGCGUAUAGCCGAAGGCGGCAAAGGAAUCAUCAGGCAUGACGUCUCAGAUCCUGGAGCAGAAUGCCCAUCGCCUAUUGGCCGCGUUAUCGCAACAUUUGAACCAGGAGACGACACAGCCUCCGACCCCUUCAAGCGACGUGUCGGUCGCCUAGGCUGCGCCGUCCACAAGAUGCCCACUUUCCGCGCAUUAACCCAUGCUGCACUGAAUCACUCCAUCGCCGACUCCCUUGGGUACAAAGAUGCCCGCAUUACACAGAGUCAACUGAUUGCCAAACUCGCGGGUGUCGGAAGUCAGAUUGUGCCUCAUCAAGACGGUUGUGUCAGUUUCACAAACCCACCAAGCGCAUUAACGUUUUGGUAUGCGCUGGAGGAUACCACGAUUGAGAAUGGGUGUCUCUGUGUUGCGGCUGGGUCACAUUUGACCACACCACUCAGACAGCGAUGUGUCAAGGGCGAGAACGGGCUGCCGAAGUUUGUGGAUGUGGCUCAGCCACUCUGGGCAAGGGCAUCACACAAUGCUAGUAGCAGCAGCAACACUGAGCAAACCGAGUACAAGUAUCAGGCCCUCGAGGUGAAAAAGGGCACCUUGGUCCUAUUUCACGGAAACCUGAUGCAUAAGAGUGGGGCGAACAAGAGUGACAAAAACAGGAUUGCAUACACGUUUUCGAUGGUUGAAGGAAAUGUGGAAUGCCCUGCGGACACUUUCGUGAAGCCAGUGGAUGGGGAGUUUGAAAGGUUGUGA